AUGGCGGAUGAUGGCUUCUAUCUCCGCUACUAUGUCGGCCACGAGGGCAAAUUCGGGCACGAAUUCCUCGAGUUCGAGCUCACGGAUGACGGGAAACUGCUUUACAAAAACAACUCCAACUACAGGAAGGAUAGCAUGAUCAAGAAGGAAGCCUUCCUGACCCGUGCGGUCAUUGAGGAGAUGAAACGCAUCAUACUGGAAUCCGAAAUUAUGAACGAGGACCACAGUGAUUGGCCCAUUCCCGACCGUGUCGGCCGUCAGGAGCUGGAGCUCAAGCUCGACGGGAAGCGUUACACCUACUCAACGUCCAAGAUCGGCUCACUAUCGGACGUGCAAAAUAGCAAGGACCCUAACGGCCUGCGUGUUUUCUACUACUUGGUGCAAGACCUAAAAUGUUUUGUUUUUUCGCUCAUCAGUCUUUGCUUCAGGGUGAGUUCGCAUCAUGCUCGUGGCUCACAACUGUGCAGAUCAGGCCCAUCUGACCCUACAAAUACUCUAAAAUCGCGAAUAUAUCACCGAUCAACAUCGCAUCGUAAUUGUGGUAUGAAUGAAGCCGUUGAGUUCAUGCUGCUGUACGCUUAUUAUGGUAGCUGCGUUGAUAUGCGAGAUCAGCCUAGGAGGCGGUACCGUCGCUAUCGGACUCUGUACCUGAAUCCGACAUGUCAUAAUCGUCUCCAGAAUAAUCCGAUGGAUUAUCGUCUGAUUCGUCGACUGAAUCCGUAUGAUCCGCAUCAGAGCCGCUCAUCUCACUCUCGUUGA